GAAGGAAGGUGCAGUCUGAGCUCCCGCUGCAGCUCAGCUGUCACUUUGCAUACGGCCUGUGUGUGUGUUUCCCGCACUCGAGAGAGAGCAGCUGACUAAAGUCUGCCCCAAGCCUCCACUCCGAAGUCCGGAAAUGGGGCAACUCCGUCGGAUCAGUGCUCCCCUGCGCUGAGGGCCACCCGCAGGCGCCUCCUUCCCUCGCGAUCCCGGAGCAAGCUGUGGCGGGAGUACCUGGCUAGCCCCCCUGCAUAAUAUCCCACUGCACGAUCGCCCGGGGGAAGCCUUCGGCUCCCCCAGAGAACAGCUCCGCCGGCCGCCGGGAGACCAGGGCUGGUUUAUUGCCGCCAGCAAAGCCUGGCUCUACAGCAGCCGCCGCCGAACUGCCGCCGCAGCCGGUGCGGGAAGAAGGCAGAGCUCUGCCGGGCUUUGAUGUCUGGGAGAUGCCGCAGCUCCUCGCUCCCGGCCGCGCUGCACCCGGAGUCUAAGCCCGGCGCCCCAGGAGCAGAGUCUGUGCCCCGCUCUACCUCCCCAGCCGCUUUCCCGCCGGCUCCCGGCGACUGCUCAGCCGGGGACACCCGAGGCUGCCUUCGCGUUUUCAUUGGUCGGUGAUGUGUCUAUUUACAUCAGCACCGAACUUCUCCGAACAUCAGCUGAAUUUGGGUUAUGGGCAAGUCGGAAAGCCAGAUGGAUAUAACUGAAAUGAACACUCCAAAACCAAAGAAAAAACUGCGAUGGAGUGCCCUCGAAAUAGGGCUCAUUGUUGUAGUGAUUCUCCUAACUAUUAUAUCUAUCACAAUGAUAGCUCUGUAUGCAACAUAUGAUGAUGGUGUUUGCAAGUCUUCAGACUGUAUAAAAUCAGCAGCCCGAAUCAUUGAGAAUAUGGACACUACUGCAGAACCUUGUAAAGAUUUUUACCAAUAUGCCUGUGGAGGAUGGUUAAAGAAGAACGUCAUUCCAGAGACCAGCUCCCGUUACAGCAACUUUGACAUUUUAAGAGACGAACUAGAAGUUGUUUUGAAAGACGUCCUUGACAGGGACAAUACUAAUGACAUACUCGCAGUGCAGAAAGCAAAAACUCUGUACAGAUCAUGUAUAAAUGAAUCUACUAUUGAUAGUAGAGGUGGAAAACCUUUAAUCAAUAUAUUGCCACAUGUGUCUGAAUGGCCAGUAGCAACAGAUAACUGGGACUCUACAUAUGGUGCCAAUUGGACAGCUGAAACAGCUAUUGCACAACUGAAUUCACAAUAUGGGAAAAAGGUCCUUAUUAAUUUUUUUGUUGGCACCGAUGAUAAGAACUCCACAGUGCAUAUCAUUCAUAUUGAUCAACCUGGGCUUGGUCUGCCUUCUCGUGACUACUAUGAAUGUACUGGUGCAUAUAAGGAGGCCUGUUCAGCCUAUGUGUCUUUCAUGAUUUCUGUGGCUAAGUUAAUUCUCCAAGAAAAAAAUCUCACCAUCAAUGAAAGCCAGAUUUCUAAAGAAAUGGAAAGAGUUAUGGAUCUGGAGAUAGAGAUUGCCAAUGCUACAACUAAACCUGAAGACAGAAAUGAUCCAGUUCUGCUGUAUAAUAAAAUGACGUUAACAGAACUCCAAAAUAACUUCUCUUUGGAGAUCAAUCAUCAGCAAUUCAACUGGUCAGAAUUCAUAAAUAAUAUAAUGUCAACUGUGAAAAUUAAUGUUGAGAAUGCAGAAGAUGUGGUUGUUUACGCUCCGGAAUAUCUAACCAAACUAAAGCCUAUUCUUAAUAAAUAUACUUGCAGAGACAUUCAAAAUUACAUGAUUUGGCGAUACGUAAUGGAUCUUGUAAACAGUCUAAGCCGUAACUACAAGGACACAAGGAAUGCUUUUCGUAAGGCACUUUAUGGCACAACAUCAGAAACAGCUGUUUGGCGGCGGUGUGCAAACUAUGUCAAUGGCAAUAUGGAGAAUGCAGUGGGACGACUGUAUGUAGAGGAAGCAUUUUCUGGAGACAGUAAACAUGUGGUUCAAGAAAUGAUUAUACAAAUCCGUGAGGUUUUUAUAACAACGUUAGAUGAACUCACCUGGAUGGAUGCAGAAACCAAAAAGAAAGCAGAACAAAAAGCUGCAGCAAUUACAGAGAGGAUCGGCUAUCCAGAUGAUAUCAUAACGGAUAACAAUAAACUGAAUAAUGAAUACCAAGAUCUGAACUACAAAGAGGAAGAGUACUUUGAGAACAUCAUUCAAAGUUUGCUAUAUAGCCAAAGGAAGCGGCUGAAGAAGCUCAGAGAAAAGGUGGACAAGGAACAGUGGAUAAGUGGGGCUGCUGUCGUCAAUGCCUUUUAUUCUGCAACCAGGAAUCAGAUAGUCUUCCCCGCAGGCAUUUUGCAACCACCUUUCUUCAGUGCCUCUCAAUCCAAAUCACUGAAUUAUGGUGGCAUUGGUAUGGUCAUUGGCCAUGAAAUCACUCAUGGAUUUGACGACAAUGGUAGAAAUUUUAAUGAGAAUGGGGACCUCAUAGACUGGUGGACUCCAGAAUCAGCAAAACAUUUUAAGGAUCAGUCUAAGUGUAUGGUAUACCAGUAUGGAAACUUUUCGUGGGACCUAGCAGGUGGACAACAUCUGAGUGGAAUCAAUACUCUGGGAGAAAACAUUGCUGAUAAUGGGGGUGUUAGACAAGCUUAUAAGGCCUACGAAAACUUUGUCAAAAAAAACGGAAAAGAAAAACUGCUUCCCGGGCUUGACAUGAACCAUAAGCAGCUGUUCUUCCUGAACUUUGCACAGAUAUGGUGUGGAACAUACCGUCCAGAAUAUGCUGUCAACUCCAUUAAAACUGAUACGCAUAGCCCAGGCAAAUUCAGGGUCAUAGGAUCAUUGCAGAACUCUGCGGAGUUUACCGAGGCCUUUUCAUGCACCACAACAGAGUACAUGGACCCUGCAAAAAAGUGCCGUGUUUGGUGACAGCUAUAAACCAGGCACCCCAAGGACAAACUUCCCAGGCAAACAGAAAUUUGGAACUUACUGGGAGGACUGGGAGAAGGAUAUGUGCUACAAAAGUCAUUUGUUAGUGGACAAAAAAAACAACAAUAUCUGUGAGAUCAGAAAUUCAAAACAAUCAAUUCUUCAAAUUAAGGUUUAUAGCCAAGGCAGCAAAUAUAAUAUAUAAACUGCUUUUUUAUGACCAAACCUUGCAAAAUAUAAAUCACUUAAUUGUUUACCUAUUUCUUCACUCUUAAACAACAUUGUUAUUAUAGUUUAAUUCUGUUUUCCAUUUGGUCUACAGAUUUUUUUAUUCUCCCUGGGGAACACUUAAUCACCUACUCCUUUGAAAAUGUAUACUGAUAUUUCUGAUCAGAUGGAGAAAGAAGAUAUUAAGUAGCACAUUAUCUUGGACACAGUGGCGUAGUUAGAUGAGCGAACAGGGCAGCAGACAUAAAAAAGGUGCCGUCCGCUUGUACUCACCCGGCAGCGCUCUGGGUCCUUGGCGGCACUGAAGGCCCCCGCCGCCGAAAUGCCACCAAGGACCCAGAGUGAGUGAAGGUUCCCACCAAGCAGUGCUGCCGAAGUACGGCCAAAGAGCCGGAGAGUGUGAAGGCCCCCGCCACCAAAGACCCGGAGCGCCGCUGGGUGAGUAAAAAUUAAAAAAGGAGCCUAUAAAUUAAAUUAAACUAAAUUAUAAAUUAAAAAGGCACCACUUGUGCUCAGAGGGGGAGCGGUCGCUCUCCCCCGGCUACGCUACUGCUUGGACAUCAAAGUAUAAUGAGACAACAGUUCAUAUAAAAAAUGUCAGACUCUGUAUCCUCUUCUGUCAUGAUAAAUGUGUUCUACCAAAUGUUUGUUUUCAUUUUUACUUGAAAUGAUUUAUAUGAGAAAAGUCCAAAGACCUGUUGUAAUUCACUUAAAUAAUUUCUCAGUAAUUAUUCCAAUGCUUAAAGGCUGAAUUCACUAUUUACUUGGUUUUAUUUACCGCUUUCCAGCCAAAAUGAAAAUGUAGCUAAUUUAUUAAUUUUUGAGUUUACAAUCAGUAAUGUUGUGAUCAAAGACCCCUUCACAGUUUUCUAAGAGUUGUCUUGCUUUCUCUAAACUUGGUCUUUUUAAAAGAUUUGUAGUAAUAUAUAAAUCAUAGUUUUUAUAUUUAAUUCUGAGCUAUACUUAUGACUUGAAGUUAUUGUUAUAUAUUUUAUCAGUGGCUGCAUAUAAUUGAGAAAUUUUAGUUACACAUAGUAUGAUAUGACAAAGCCUAUAAAACAGAUCUCUAAAGGGAUGCACAAAAAAACAACUUUUGAGACUCACUUUUUCAAUUUUUAGGGUCUGAUCCAGUAAAUACUUUGACUUUGUUGAUGUCAGUAGUCCAUUUGAAGUCAAUGAGACUGGUUAUGUCAUUAGAGUUAUACAAGUGUUUGCAAGAUUGGACCCUUAAUUGGUACUGGCAAAAGGCUUUAAGUACACUAUGAUACAUAUGAAAUGCCCUCCUGCAGGUUGCCAAGGAACUUACUGCUUCUUGUAUCGAAGCUAGUUAAGACUUCCAAAAAUAAACACCAGAUACCUCCAAUGACUUCUAUAAUGGGUAAAACUAUGUUCAUUUUCGCUUUUCAAGUUUGUCAUCUGAGGAAAACCUUUUGAUAAUAAAUUGAAAUUAUGAGCCAACUGCUCAUUAUUGUCUACAA